GGUGCGUUGUCGCGUUGUGGUUAAUCAGCACUGCGCAGGCUGUGUAUCUCAGUAGACUUUUCCUUGGGAGAGCAGAGCGGCAGGGAAUGGGUUAAGGAGCGGGGGGUCUGGAUUCCUCCUCUCCUGAUCGCCAUGACGAACAAAUGAACUCUCGGGGAAUGAAAUUUAAAUUCCUGAAAGGAGAAAAAGUUCUCUGCUUCGAACCAGACCCGUCCAAGGCCAAAGUGCUGUAUGAUGCAAAGGUGGUGGACAUUGUAGUGGGAAAGGAUGAGAAGGGAAAGCGGAUCCCUAAAUAUCUGAUUCAUUUCAACGGCUGGAACCGGAGCUGGGAUCGCUGGGCUGCAGAGGAUCAUGUUCUCCGAGAUUCCGAGGACAACCGCAAGCUGCAGCGUAAACUGGCUCGGAAGGCUUUGGCUCGCAUGAGGAGAAAAGGAUGGAGGAAGCGGCGUUGUCGUUUGCCAGGCGUUAACUCCGUGCUAAAAAGUUUACCCGAAGAAGAAAAGGACGAGAGCGAUGACCCUUUGAUUUCAUCAUCUGAAGACGGUGACGAGGACAAUUCCGACCCGGAGACUUUAAAAAGCGAGAGCGAGUCGUCUGAGGAUUUAGAUGAAAUGAAAGAAGAGCAGGAGGUGCACACGAAAAGGGAGAGCGAGGAGAAGAGCAUCGCGAUCAACAUCGACAUCCCUGAUGUGCUGAAGAAGAAGCUGGAGGAUGACUGCUACUACAUCAACAAGAGGAAAAAGCUGGUGAAGCUGCCAUGUCAGAUGAACAUAGUGAACAUCCUCGAGUCGUACGUCAAACACUUCACCAUAAACGCCGCUUUUUCUGCCAACGAACGCUUUCGCCAUCCUCAGAGCUCCACGCAGUCCACCAUGAGCCCGCACUAUGUGCCACCUGAGAAAAACGAGGAGCUCUGUAAAGAAAUGGUGGACGGCCUGAGGAUCACUUUCGACUUCACCUUACCCAUGAUCCUUCUGUAUCCCAACGAGCAAGCCCAGUUCAAGAAGGUCAGCUCGUCCAAGUUCUUCCAGCCUAUCGGAGAUACUGCAGGAUGCUCUACCAGGUCUCUCGGUGAGCGCUCUCCAAGUCCAAGCCUGAACCCGUCAACUCCUCAGUCCACAGACGGCCACUCCGCUCACAACGAGACCUCCGCCUCGCCCGUUAUCACUGCAACAACACCGAAACGCCGCCGCUGCACUAAUCCCGAUUCAGACAGCACGCACUCUCUGAGACGCUCCACACGCAACACUUCCGGGGGGGAGAAGAGUGCCGAGGGGGGAGGAGGCAGCAGCAACACCUCACCUCAACCCAAACGCAGACUCGCCGAAGUCCCGACUCCACUGCCCAAGUUCUUCCUCAAUCUGGAGAAGAGAACGCCAGUUCACAGUGGUUCGUCCUCGCCUCUGCCCCUCACACCGAGUAAAGACGGCAGCGGUGUGUUCUCAGGGCUCGAGAGUCGGCGGAACAACGAACUGAACGAGGUGCUGAGUUGGCGUUUGACUCCUGAUAACUACCCCCUGAGCGAUCAGCCUCCACCUCCGUCCUACCUCUACGGCUCGCAGCAUCUCCUCCGCCUGUUCGUGAAGCUUCCAGAGAUUCUUGGGAAGAUGCAUAUGCCCGAGAAGAAUCUGAGGGCCCUGGUCAAGCACUUGGCGCUUUUCCUCAGGUUUUUGGCCGAGUUUCAUGAAGACUUCUUUCCAGAGUCUGCGUACGUCUCCGCCACCGAAGCGCAUUACUGUAUGAAGCAGCCCAGGCCCGGCUGCUGAGAGCGAAUCACUGUCAUUUCCAUUCUUUCACUCUUGUGACUCGAGUCUGGAGCCUGCUGUGUCCAGUUGCUUCUCUCUAAGGGAUCAUCGUAUGUCUCUUUUGACUUUUUUUUUUUUAUUGUUCUUUUGGACAUGGAGACUGCAGAAAGGCUGCCUUGAUCCCGCGUUUCCGCUUGCUUCUGUGGAUAGAUGGAAAUCGCAACCACAAAAUGCUUUUCGACUUUCCUUUUCCUCUGCAGUGCAGCUGCUGUUCAAGCUUCUAGCAUUUCUUUCUUUUGUUUGCAACUAAAAGCAGCAAGAACGACUUGAUCUGGACUCGUGUGAGCUUCAGAAUCGCUCAAUUUGUGGCUUUGUUUCUUUCACAAGGUUGAGAUUGUUUAGUAAUUAACAGAGGCAAGGUUUUUUUGUUUGUUUUUUAAUAACCCUUCUGCAUUUCUAAGCGAAUGAUUUCCCAAAGUCAUAGUUUUUGGCACGUGAACAAUAUGAACAGUGCGUUUGCUCACUCUGGGACAUUUUACAUUAUAUUUUGAAGGAAUAUAAUCUUGCACAAAGACUGAACCAGGCACAUAUACUUCAUGUAUCCAACACUUAAACACCCAAACACAAAAUCUAUUCUUUAGUCUGCAUUCUUUCAGAAGUCCUUCUCUUAUGUAAAUGAAGCCUCUCUGAGUAAGAGCGCUGAUCGAAGAGCAGGUCUUUUAACGUUCUCUGAGCAUGUCUGGAAAAGCAAAUACUGAUCCUUUUAUAGAUGUCAUGAUAUGGUCUUGUGGGUUUAUUAUUCUCAAAGAGCAAUUCCACAUCCUAGUUGCGUUCCUGUUCGUUCAUAUAAAUCAAUGACUUGAAGCAUUUUUUUUUUUUUUUGUAUAUUUUGCAGUUUGUCUUAUGUACAUAUUUUUUUUCCUGCCCUCUGUUGUGCGUUUGUGGUCUCCUUGUUUAAUAAACCACUGCAGAAAAAAGA